AUGUCUGGCAUCUGCAGAGCAAGACUUCUCGAGGAACGAAAACAAUGGCGACGGGAUCAUCCCUACGGCUUUUACGCACGUCCAGUAAAGGGUGAGAAUGGCCUUGAUCUUAUGACUUGGACUUGUGGCAUUCCUGGAAAGCAUGGGACACCUUGGGAAUCAGGAGUAUUUAAGUUGACUGUAUCAUUUCCAGAAGAAUAUCCAAGCAAACCUCCAAAAUGCAGAUUUACACCGCCAUUAUUUCAUCCGAACGUUUAUCCUUCAGGCACCGUUUGCUUAUCAAUUUUAAACGAAGAGGAGGCUUGGAAGCCGGCAAUCACUAUCAAGCAGAUUCUUCUCGGCAUCCAAGAUCUUCUCAAUGACCCCAAUCCAGACAGCCCGGCUCAGUCGGAUGCUUAUAUGUUGUACAAGAAAGACAAGGCCGCCUAUGAAAGAAGAGUUAGACAGCAAGCAAAGGAAUACUCUGCGCAGUUAUGA